AUGCCCCGCUUAUUCCAGUUUAGGGCUGGUCGUUGCGAACGUCGAGGCGAAACAAAUAUUGUGGAUCCGUUGCCUUCGAAAGGGCUAUUGUAUGUCGAACACAACGAAGACGAUGGAGUAUUGAACCACUUGUGUUACAAGGAUCUAGAAUCCGGAGCCGUGAUCGAUGAUUUCAUCAUCUUUGCUGGUGAUGCAACAUUUCAAAAAGUGCUGGUUCCCGACUCCGCAACUGCGCGGGUUUAUGCACUUUGCUUCUCCUCGUCGAAUCAAAAAUUGCUUUACUGGAUGCAAGACCCUGACCCGACCACCGACGCAGCAAACGUAGCGCGCCUCAAUCAACUGAUCGUGGAUGAUGGAGAGAUGUCGAUGGAGUAUCCCGUCACGGCUGAUGGAAAUCGGACAAAUUCUUCAGCCGAAGCGGAAGCCCCACCUGAACUACCCACCCCAAAUGGAAUAUCAGUUGAACAGAUGAAUCAAUUGCAAAGUAUCAUUGCAGGCUUUGGACAGAACAGCGCCUCAAUUGGACAAUCGGCAUUUAGAUUAGGCGACAUUCUUACCAUGGAGGCAAUCGAACCAAUCUUGAACGACCCGGAAAUCCUCAGUAGCUUGCAGAGCUAUCUGCCACCCGGUAUCAAGGCGGAUGCAGCGUCGGUUGGAAGAGUGAUUAGGUCCGCGGAUUUUAAGGCAGCCGUCGAAAACUUCGAUGUUGCGCUGAGGCAAUCUGCUAGUGACAAUCGGGACGAUGGGUUGAUGAUGUUCUUGCUACAUGGCCUGGGGUUAAAUGCUGAUGCAUGCCAAGGCGUUGAAGGUUACGUGGACAUCGUUUUGAACAUGAAAGACGAACCAAAACAAUAA